AUGAGUAUUGACCAUGCUAAUGGAACACUCACCAAGGUCCCUACCAUCAAGUUCACCAAACUAUUCAUCAAUGGAGAUUUCGUUGAAUCACUUUCAGGGAAGAGUUUUGAGACAAUAGAUCCAAGAACAGGAGAUGUUAUAGCAAGAAUCAGUGAAGCGACCAAAGAAGACAUUGAUGUUGCUGUAAAGGCAGCACGUCAUGCGUUUGACUCAGGUCCAUGGCCUCGCCUGUCCGGCACUGAAAGAGCAAAAAUAAUGAUGAAAUUUGCGAACCUUAUUGAUGAAAACAUACAAGAGCUAGCAGCACUUGAUGCCAUUGAUGCAGGAAAGUUGUACCAUAUGUGUAAGGCUUUUGAAAUUCCCUCUGCAGCAAAUACGCUACGUUACUAUGCAGGUGCAGCUGAUAAAAUUCAUGGUGAGGUUAGCCCUUGUUUAGCUGCUGGAUGCACCAUGGUCCUUAAACCUGCCGAACAAACUCCUCUCUCCGCUUUGUUUUAUGCUCAUCUAGCUAAACUGGCUGGAAUCCCGGACGGAGUGUUGAAUGUAGUACCCGGAUUUGGAGAAAUUGCUGGUGCUGCAAUUAGCUCACACAUGGACAUUGAUGCGGUAAGCUUUACUGGUUCAACACAAACCGGUCGUAAGAUAAUGGAAGCUGCAGCAAAGAGUAACUUGAAACAAGUUUCACUUGAAUUAGGAGGCAAGUCACCACUCAUAAUUUUUGAUGAUGCUGAUAUUGAAAAAGCUACCGAACUUGCUCUUAUAGGCAUCUUAUUCAACAAGGGAGAAGUGUGUGCUGCAAGUUCCCGCGUGUUUGUUCAAGAAGGAAUCUAUGAAGAAUUCGAGAAAAAAUUGGUAGGAAAAGCAAAAGCUUGGGUCGUUGGGGACAAUUUUGAUCCUAAUGUUCAACAAGGACCUCAAGUUGACAAGAAACAAUUUGAAAAAAUUCUUUCAUAUAUAGAACAUGGAAAAAGGGAAGGAGCUACCCUUUUGACUGGUGGUAAAACAAUUGGGAACAAAGGAUACUACAUUGAGCCAACAAUUUUCUCCAAUAUAAAGGAUGAUAUGCUUAUAGCACAGGAUGAAAUAUUUGGUCCUCUGUUGGCGCUGAAAAAGUUCAAGACUAUUGAGGAAGCAAUUAAGAGUGCUAAUAAUACAAGAUAUGGAUUAGCGGCCGGUAUUGUGACAAAGAAUUUGGAUAUAGCAAACACUGUGUCAAGAUCCAUUCGCGCAGGCACUAUUUGGAUAAACUGUUAUUUUGCUUUUGGAGAUGAUAUUCCUUUUGGAGGAUAUAAAAUGAGUGGAUUUGGAAGAGAAUAUGGAUUGGAAGCAAUUCAUAAGUAUUUACAAGUUAAAUCUGUUGUUACUCCCAUUUAUAAUUCUCCAUGGCUAUGA